GCCAAAACCGACAUUCGUGCGCGAAACGCCUAGCCACAUGCAGCCACCGACUACCAGAGAGAUAGGAAUGCGGCAUCCAACAUCCGCCUCGCUUUUCAGGCAAAAAAAAGCACCAGACGUGCGUUACGCUACGGCCAAAACAUCGCCUGCCUUGCUGAUCCCACGCAUCUUUGUCUGGGAAUCCAUACCUUCACACGCCGCGACUAGCAUCGAAAUAUAGUCUGCCAUAUCCAGCGUCAGAUGACCAUGACGAUCCGUCCGUGUUGCGUUGUCAUUGUUUGUUUUUCAUACGCUCAUCGCAUCCACAUGCAUGCCCGUACCAAGCACUCGGACGCGAACAAGGUGACAUCACCUUCCACUUGGCUGUUCAAUUCGCCCAUUGGGCGUGCUGAGCCUGCCUGUUUCAGUGGUUUCCGUUCAAACAAAGCUUCUGCACAUCGGCCAUUUGAGCCGCGACAAAGCAAUUAUCAAGGUGAGCAAUCAAGGCAACCAGCUCAAAGGUACACGCCCAAAUUAUAGUAGCGCCAGGCACCAGGCACCAGGCCCGAAUGAUCAUCAUCCAACAAGUGCGAGCUGGUGAAACAAUGACACUUUGACUGUCAUCGUCAUCUAUCC